CAACCAACGACAUCGUUCACUCACGCCUUCCCCACCACGCCCGCUGUCCGUCCCUCGUUGCUACUGCUGUUGCUGUUACUCGACACAUUCACUUGUUCUGCUCACCAUUCGGCCAGGCCUCGCAGCACCGGGACGCUCACGCUUGUCGCGCCGCUCUACGCUUGUCUCCUGUGCCGUGUUGUCUCAUCGCAGCCGCCUCUCCCGCCUCGCCCACCAUAACACCCGCUCCGCUCCGACGAUGGGCUUUGGCGACUUCACCACGAUAUGCGACAAGACGGCGAUACCGCUGUGUGCCCUUGUCGGACCUCCGUCGCAGAUCAACAACGGUACCGGCAUCCAGGCGUCAUGCUACUCGCGGACGAUUGAGCUGGCGAACACCAUCAUCUUCCAGGGCGCCAAUGACUUCAUGCAUAUUCUUGCGCUGAUAAUGACGGUUGUCAUGAUCAUCCACGUGCGGUCCAAGUUUACGGCUGUUGGGCGCAAGGAAAUCACGUCCUUCUUCUACAUCUACAUGGUGCUGACUAUGGUCUCCCUCAUCCUCGACUCAGGCGUCACGGCUCCCGGAACCGGCGCAUACCCGUACUUCGCGGCUGCCCAAUGUGGCCUCGCCUCGGCGCUCUGCACCUGCCUGCUGAUUAACGGCUUCGUCGGCUUCCAGCUCUACGAGGACGGCACGACCCUCUCGGUCUGGCUGCUGCGACUGUCCUCUCUCGGCAUGUUCAUCAUCAGCGGCGCUGUCUCGCUCUUGACUUUCAAGGGCUGGGCUGGCCUGAGGCCCGAUAACCCUGUCGGCAUCUUUGUCGUGCUCUACAUUGUCAACGCAAUAUGCAUCUUCGUCUAUGUCUGCAGCCAGACCCUCCUCGUCGUCGGCACCCUAGAGGACCGCUGGCCGUUGGGUGACAUCGCUUUCGGCGUCUUCUUCUUCGUCAUUGGCCAGGUCACCCUCUAUGUCUUCAGCGACACCAUUUGCAACCAGGUGCAGCACUAUCUCGACGGCCUUUUCUUUGCUACCAUUUGCAAUCUGCUGGGCGUCAUGAUGGUCUACAAGUACUGGGAUUCCAUUACCCGCGAAGACCUUGAGUUUUCUGUCGGUGUCAAGGCACACAACUGGGAAGUCAAGGACUUGCUCCCCGAGGAGGACAAGCGAGGUACUGUGUACAAUGAGUCCGAAUAUGCCCCUUCACUCUACCAGCAGCCGCACAACCGCGCAUCACACUACUCCGCCGUUGGAUACUAGAACCCUCCGUUCUCGCUAUAGUCGAUGCAUAUUGAUUGUCGAAUUAAAAAUAUAGGUUUGUUUAUUCCGAAUUCGUGGGUUUGCAUGGCAUGGGAGUUCUGGCGCAUAGAUGGUGUGGUGACAUAAGAUCUUGAUAAUCGGCGUGAAUUGAGGCCGCAGCGUAGAAGCGCGCUCGGUUUUGAAUAAUGACGUCUUUGGAUCGGAGUAUAGUGACGGUCGGAACUGAAGAAUCUUUGGAAAAUAUUCGUUUUAAAGAGAGAGGGAAGAAGGACGGGACGGCGUAUGUCCGUAGCCAGCUUAUACAUAAUAAUCUCAGACAUAGCAGCUUCACGUUUUAUCACGGUUUCCAAAGGGUGAGACCCUCGAGCCUUUCCUAGGAUGUGGGAUUUGAAAGCAUUCCAGUUCAACUCUUAUUUCCUGAUCGUUUCGGGGAAGGACUUGAAUCCGGAUUCGGCGUAAUGCAACUAAUUCG